AUGGCCGCCAAUGACUUGAUUUGCAUGGUGUCUUUAGGCGAGAAUGUCAUAUUCGUGAAGCUUAGUUCGACAACAAGCUUUUAUGAACUCCAAUUUGAUGUGUCUGAAAGAUUGAAAGUACCUAAAGAAGCUUUAUCCUUUAUAUUUAAAUCUGAGAGGCACCCCAACCUCAGUUUUUCAGUUGACAACGAUGAUGAUUUGAAGUGCAUGUUGGAUCACAAUCGAAAUAUUGGUUAUACGGAGAUUCACAUGCAAGCUGCUGUUAAUGUAGAGUGUUCCACUUCAAGGAAAAAUCAGAUUAGGGAAAUUAGUGAUGCCUCUUUGAAUGCAGAAUAUAGUCGUCCUCCUCCAAGAAAUGCAUCCAAUUCAGAGAGAAUCCAAAAUGAUUUCCCGUCUGGUGAGGUUGUAAUGAGAGCUGAUGAUAUUCUCAACAACACUUCUCUCAUUCCUCAAUGGUGGCACACAUCAUUAACUGAAAAGGGGUAUGAGCAAAUGGUGAAGGAAACGAAUCCAGGAAGCUACAUAUGCAUUGACCAGAAUGAAGGAAGGUUCAAAAGACUGUUUAUAUGUUAUGCCGCUUGCAUCGAAAAUGUUGAUAAUUGGAGAUGGUUCCUUCAAGGCUUGUGGUCCAUACUAUAUGAAAGGUUAGACCCGUACAAUCCUCCCCACCAAUUGGUAAUUAUUUCUGAUGCCGACAAGGGGAUUCGAGAAGCCGUGAGAGAAUAUUUCCCUGAAGCAAUCCACUCACGAUGCGUGCUGCACCUAGUUGAAAAUUUUAGAACAAAGCUAAAGGAUUUGGGAUUGAAAGCAAAGGACACACAAGUUUUGGGGAGUUUGCUCCAAUCUGCUUGCUAUAAAUACACUAUAGCGGAAUGGAACGACUACAUGAAGGAAAUUUAUGAGAUGGCUCCGGUCGCAUAUGAGAUUGUACUCUGUUAUUCGCCAGAGAAUUGGGCGAAUGCAUUCUUCCCUGGCAUCAGAUAUGGUCAUGUAACCUCUAAUGUUGCAGAAUCCUUUAACAGCUGGAUACGUGAAGCUCGAUUGUUACGUAUCCUGCAAAUGGUAGAGCAUAUCCGAAAACAAAUUAUGAGUCGCCUGAACAAUAGACGGAUUAUGGCUGAUAAGUGGACAAGCUAUCUAUGCCCUAAAACUGAGCAGAUUGUUAGAGAAAAUAUGGAAAGAGGACGUACUUUAGAGAUUAAACAAUCAAGAGAUGAUAUAUUCGAAGUGUAGUCAUAUAGAACUACUCACGUUGAUUUGGAGAAGAGGACGUGCACUUGCCGAGAUUGGGACGUAACCCGUAUUCCUUGUGUGCAUGCUUGUGCAGUCAUUAUUUAUAUGAAAAGAGACGUAUAUCAAUAUUGUGAUUGGUUCAUGUCCGUAGAAGCGUUUAAGAAGAGCUACGACGAAAUAUUAUAUCCCAUCCCAGAUUAUGAGAAGCGGAGUGUGUCCAGGGAUGAAAUACAGAUUUUGCCACCAAUUACCACUAAGAGGAGGGGAAGAAAUAAAACAAGACGCAUAAACAACAGAACCAUUUACAAACGGUCAGUCAAAUGUUCUCGGUGCAAAGUUCUUGGUCACAAUCGAGCAACCUGUAACGAGCCCAUCUAGUGACUAGUGUGUUUCUGCUUCUUACAUCAAUACUUUUGUAUGAGACAACAAAGCUUGUUUUUAAGUGUUUAAGUGUAUAGUGGUGGACUUUUGUAAUCUGUGAUAAUGAUCGGCUAAUCAUUUUGUUCAUGCUAGCAAUAUCUAAAAGCAAGGCUGAAAGAUGUUUUCAGAUUUGUGCUUGUUCAUCUUAGAUUUUAAUA